GCCUAAUAUUCCUUUAGGAAGUUUUGAAGUGUCACAUUGUGUAAGGUCAGCAUUUUUUUAUUUAAAGAUAUGGCUCUUUCCCAGUGUCUUGAGGAUUCGCCCGCCUGGCGGACACCAAAAACAGGACAAGAUACAAACCUGAAAGAACUUUACAAUGAGAGACACCGACUCGCUCUGGAAGAGUUGAUCGCCGGUGGAGUCGACUCCUUCACGAGUUUCCUAAAGAAAGAAAGAAUUCCAAACUUUCUCUCCGAUGACGAGAUUAGGCGGAUUUCGCGUGCAGCAGUUGUGCCAAAAUCUGUAUCUGUGAUCGGAGAUGAUUCUCAUUUGGACCAAUCUAGCACUGGCACACUGGACUGCUCAUCUGUCACUUAUUUCCCUGAGAUCUCUGAUAUUGAACCUCCGUCUUUAGAGUUGGGUUGGCCAGCAUUCACUACGGGAUCGUAUCGUGGUGUAACGCGUGCUGUUGCAUACUUUCAACCGAGUUAUGGCGAGUGCAUUUAUAGUUGCAAAGAGGCGGUCAGAAAAUUGAUAAAAAAUGCAAAGGAGGUGAUUGCCAUUGUGACGGACUCCCUGACAGACCUAGAUAUUUUCCAGGACCUGAAAGAAGCCUGCACACAUCGCAGGAUCCCUGUGUAUAUUCUGUUAGACCAGUCUGCUCUCGCAUCGUUCUUAAAGAUGUGUCAAAACCUUAAUGUGUACUUGGAUGAACUGCAGCACAUGAAAAUACGGACCAUAACCGGCUCUACCUACUACAUGAGAUCAGGUGCUCGGAUCACUGGAAAGGUUCACGAGCGAUUCAUGUUGAUUGAUGGCAACAAAGUUGCUACUGGUUCAUACAGGUUCAACUGGACAGAUGGCAAACUCAACAGCAGUAACCUAAUCGAGUUAUCAGGCCAGAUAACUGAGAAAUUUGAUGAAGAGUUUCGCAUCCUCUAUGCCCAGUCCCUCCCGCUGCCAGCGAAUACAAGAGCUCCCUCUAGUGCCAGAAACAGCUGUAUAUAUGACCACCUUGUCCUCAAACCACCUGGAACGCCUCCUUCACGCUUGGCACGAAUCACAAAGCUUCAACCAGACUGUCUGACUAGCACCCCAGCCAGACUUCAGACCCCAGAGAUCCAACAUCUGAAUAAAGACACUGAAGAUCAAGUCAAAAAGAGUAACCCAGUUUCUGAGACCUCCACUUUGGGAGAAGACUGGCUUGAGCACGAGCUCAGGGAAGAAGUGUUGUCCUUGGAUGACCCACCUCACGCGCCAACAAAGAAUGCUUGUGAUCUUGUCACGACUGAAACUCAGACAGUGGAUGUGAUAUCCUGUCAUAUCUCCACACAGACAACCCACCACACAGCAGACAUCGGCGCCCAGACAGAAACUGUUCCUCCUACGCUACAAACCGGCACUUCGUCUACCUCUAGCUCUUCUUCACAAAGAAUUCAGAAACGAGCAGAUCGUCAAACACCUGUUCGCCCCACAACCCCUCAAAACUGCAACCUGAUGGAAUGCAUUCAGAAGCUCACCAAAGAGCGACAGUACCACUACUCAUCCCUUCGCUCCAAGCUGGACAACAUGGUAACAAUGCUCUCUCACAAGAGAGAACUAGCAGAUCUCACCAACGUGAUGCUGAGGCCCGGCCUGCAUGGAGGAGGCAAAGGUCAGCAGGAGGGUAGGCUGGUUCACGGUACACUUGACAAUGCAGUUAUGGGUACCUGGCCGAGGUCAAGGUGUCCCCAUUAAAAUGAGUUCACGGGUACGGCCUGAUGGUGGAGGUGUUAUCAUUCACACUGCUGUUUUAGUAAUGCACUUUUACAAAAAAGUAAAACAUUUAUGGCUUUCAAAAGGCAAAUGUUGAGGAAAAAUAUUUUUCAUUGUUAUGUAUAUGUGUACUGUUAAAAAAUGUGCAAAGUUACUGAUUAAUCAAAAAACUCACUUUUAAAGUAAAGGAAGUGCUCAGUGCUCAGCGUUUAAAGAAACACUGUAAUGAUGAUUCUGGGUGAUUUUUAUGUUCGAGAAAUAAUUAAGUGCCUUAGUGAUUGUUUAUCUACAUUUGUCUGUCUCCAUUUUUUUUACCCUUUUUGUAGCACAAUUACUGUAAAUAUAAAUGUGUGUGUACAAAACAGUCACCUGUGGUUGUGUGUUCACGGCUGAGCUGAGAGAAAUUACCAAAAACAAAAUGGUGACAUAAAAGUUUGUAUUUUCCACAGUGAAUUUAAUAGAAAUGCUUCUUAAGAUUUGUUUUUAAAGAGAAUCGGGUCAUUUGAAAAAUAUAUUUUAGUAUGCUUUCUGACAGAAAUUUUAAACAGUGUAUUAUGUGUAAACAAAAAUAAAACGAUGGCUGUUACAAUAAA